AUUGAGGCAUCAAACACUGAAAAUUGAGUGAAUUUCUGUAUCUAAAAUCAUGGCUGAAGAAGAUAUAUAUACGAAAGAUGGGACGACAGAUUAUCGUAAUAAACCUGCAAUCAAACGGGAAACUGGGACCUGGAAAGCAUGUCCUUACAUCCUUGGAAAUGAAUGUUGUGAGAGGUUGGCAUAUUAUGGGAUCAACACAAAUCUGGUAAAUUAUCUCAAAUUUCAAAUGAACAAGAACAAUGUUGUGGCAGUUACUAACGUUACGAAUUGGUCUGGUACGUGCUAUGUCACACCUCUGCUGGGAGCCUUUCUAGCCGAUGCCUAUAUGGGACGAUAUUGGACAAUUGCAACCUUCUCAAUCAUUUAUGUCUUCGGGAUGACAUUGUUGACAUUAUCGGCAUCAGUCCAUGGACUCAAACCAUUUUGUGAUGAGAAAAAUGUGUGCCAUCCAACAGGCAUUCAAACUGGAUUUUUCUACCUUGGGCUUUACCUAAUCGCCCUAGGUACCGGGGGAAUCAAGCCGUGUGUUUCUUCCUUCGGUGCAGAUCAAUUCGAUGAUUCUGACGAGGCCGAAAAGAAGAACAAAAGUUCUUUCUUCAACUGGUUUUAUUUCUCAAUCAAUAUAGGUGCCCUUGUUGCUUCUACUGUUCUUGUAUGGAUACAAACAAAUGUAGGGUGGGGGUGGGGUUUUGGUAUCCCAGCUGUGGCCAUGGCAGUUGCUGUGGUCAGUUUUUUCUUGGGUACACGCCUUUAUCGCAACCAGAGGCCCGGAGGGAGCCCCUUAACUCGAAUAGGCCAAGUGCUAGUUGCAUCCUUCAGAAAAAUUGGAGUACAAGUGCCUCAGAAUAAGUCUCUUCUCUAUGAGACUGCAGAUGAAAAAUCAGCUGUUCAAGGAAGUAGAAAACUUGAUCACACAAAACAGUUCGGUUUCUUUGACAAGGCUGCUGUGGAGACACAAUCAGAUCGUGUCAAGGGCUCGAUUGACGCCUGGAGACUCUGCACCGUCACUCAAGUCGAAGAACUUAAAUCAAUUAUACGUUUGCUUCCCAUAUGGGCUACUGGGAUUAUUUUUAGCGCUGUGUAUAGCCAAAUGGGCACAUUAUUCGUUCUACAAGGCAACACGAUGGAUCUUCAUAUGGGAAAAUCAUUCAAAAUCCCAUCGGCUUCUCUAUCCCUAUUCGACACAAUCAGUGUCAUUUUUUGGGUUCCUGUCUAU